CAUUCCUAAUUUUAAGUCAAUGUUAUUAUGUGACAAUAUUAUCACGCAUAGCCAACUUGAUUUGUUUUACUAAGAAAUAAAAUGUCAGCCAAUGAGAAGGCUAAAGAAAACAAAACAGCUCAAAAUGAAACUGACGAUGAUAUUUCUUCUUUACGCACUCUAGAAUUUGAGGUGUCCGAAUAUUUGGGUAGAAGUGACAGCACCGCCUACCAUGAACUCUAUCCCGGUGUUGAGAUGAUUGAUUAUGACUUUGUUGGAGAGAGACAAAACCUAUACGCCACGAACCUCGUCGAAUCGACAGCCCAUUUAGUAAAAGGCUGUAUCGGUGCUGGUAUAUUAGGGAUACACGAGGCUUACAUGUAUGGGGGGAUUUGGACAUCACUAUCAGUCACCACGAUCUUUGGAUUCCUCAUUUCAUAUUGUAUGUUAAUGUUGGUGAAAUCAGCCCAAAAAAUGUACUUAAGAUUGCGUGUGCCGAGGCUCUCCUAUCCUGACUUGGCGGAAGUAGCUCUGGCCACGGGUCCUUUAAAGUUGCGGCGAUUCAGUAAGGCAUUUAGAUAUCUCGUGGACAUGUUUUUAUUUUUGGAAUUCAAUGGAACAUGUUGUAUUUUCGAAAUAAUAAUUGCAAAGACAUUAAAAGAGGUACUGGAAGCGGCAUCGAGUAUUAAAAUUUCAAUAAGUCUCUAUAUUUUAAUAGUGACACUUCCAUUGAUAGCGUUAAGCUUGAUUCGAAGUUUAAAAUAUUUGGCACCAUUUUCUCUCGCAGCUGAUCUGAUUAUUGCAUUAUGCGUCGCGACGACAAUGUACUACAGCCUAACAAUCGCGUCAAAUUUAAGCGAACGUCCCGCGUGGAAAAGCAUACAUGGAUUCUUUAAUAUGCUCGGCGUUUGUAUGUAUAGCAUUAACGGCAUCGGUGUAGUUCUACCGAUUGAAAAUAACAUGAGAAGACCACAGUACUUUAAUACUGUAUUGCAGUUCGGUAUGCCCAUCGUUAUAUGUUUCGUUAUGAUAAUUGGAUUCUUUGGUUAUUGGGCUUGGGGAGAAAAUUGCCGUUCUCCCUUUACGAUACAUAUGCCGUCGUAUCUAUCCCUGCUCAUAAUGCAAGGGCUCUUAACCAUAACCCUAGGAGUAACAUUUGCUGUACAUUUCUGGGUCCCCUUUAGGAUUAUUUGGCAUUACGUUGGAAAAAACCAUGAUACGCGUCGUGAAUUAUGGGAGCGUCUGUAUCGAGCCCUACACGUGAUGGUGAUCGCUUGUUUAUCUAUAGCUCUACCAAAUAUUGUUACAUGGAUGAGUUUCCUGGGAAACUUCUUUUCGGCGGUCAUGGUAUUUAUAUUCCCAUCGCUAAUAGAGAUUCUGAUCACAUGGAAAGAACCGAGAAAAUAUCGAUUAAGGUGGUCCUUGGUGAAGAAUAUAAGUCUUGUAAUCUUGGGAACAGUUUUAUGUGGAGGCGGUUGGGUUUUAAUCAUAUUAUGAAAUAUAUGAUAAACAUAUAUGAUUGUUUAAAUUACAUUGUAAAUAAA